AUGGCCCAUUCGAGCCAAGCCCGCAAGCGGGUCCGGCAGAACAAGCGCCGCGCCGCGAUCAACCGCGGGCGGCUUUCUCGCAUCCGCACCUUUGUCCGCCACGUCGAGGAGGCGAUUGCGAGCGGCGACAAGAGCCAGGCCGAGCAGGCGUUGCGCGAGGCCCAGCCGGAGAUCAUGCGCGGCGCGACGAAGGCGCUCUUGCAUCGGCGAACCGCGGCCCGCCGGGUCUCGCUCGCUUGCGCGCCGCGUGGGCGCACUCCCCCAAGGCUAGACCGAACCGCGGCGACUGUGCCGCUCGCGCACCGCAUGGGUGCGCUCCCCGACAGCUAG